CUGAGAAGCUGCCGAGCUGAGGAGAUUGGGCCUCUUACUUUGGCGGGACUGACUCCCAGGCCUGCUUCCCUUGCACCGACCAGAAAGUCAACUCCAUCCCUCCAGCAGCUCUUACCUUUGGAGGACGACUGCGCGUGCUCCAGUGCGGGCAGCGGAGUCUUCUGUAUCCUGCGAGCUCUGGGUCCUGUUCUGGAGAGACAGACCUUGGCGAAGGCAGACUAGGCACUGCGACCUGAGGCGGGAGUCCCUCCAAUGAGUGCCAGCAACUGGCCAUCGGAGACUGGAGAAGUAGAUUACCAACUUGGUCAGGGCUCUUGCAAGAGCCGGGUAUUUAUAGUCUUCAAGGAGGGCGGAGUUGGGAGAGUCCGGAAAUUACCACAGCAGAAAACCUUCGUUUGCUGGUUAGUCGGCAAAGGUAAGAAAACGAACGAACACUCGAAGCCUGCCCUUCCAAGUCUAGAUCCGUGACGAAGGAAAAAACAUCAAUUUCAAUUGCUUGCAAUUCUCGGAUUGCUCGCAAUCGAGCGAAUGCCUCACAUUGGCAAGGAUUCCGUGCAGUUGACCGUUUUGACACGCCCCGUGUCCUGAAAGAUGAAAGAUCUAAACGACUUAAAACGAAAUUUUACCGAGGGUCUGCUGCUCGCAAUCCACACGAAUGGCAAGCAAUCGCUCGACUGCUCGCCAUCCGGAAUGACAAGCAAUCGCGGAAUUGAUCUUUCAUUCUUCAGAGACGCGGGGCGCGUGAAGACUGAAGAAACCCACAGAAAACUUAGCGAUCCCAUCACAGUAACCCAAGCAGGAGUGGAUUCGCCUGCCUGUCCGAUUCAGCUCCCGAUCCGAACACGACGUUACAAUCAAGGACAACAUCACGGUAAGGUAACCAAAUCCGUCGUGUAUCCUUCAUAGUCCUCGGACCGCUGAGCGGAACUUGGCACAUUGGACGUCUAGUGGACUGAAAACGGAAUUUUACCGACGGUCACCUGCACGCAAUCCGCACGAAUGGCAAGCAAUCGCUCGACUGCUCACAGUCCGAAAUGGCAAGCAAUCGCGGAAUUGAUCUUUGGUUGUGUAGAGACACCGGGCGCGUGAAGGCUGAAGAAACCCACAGAAAACUUAGCGAUCACAUCACAGCUGUGCGUUACUGUGAUGGCAGGAGUGGAAUCGACUGCCUGUCCGAUUCUGCUCCUGAUCCGAACACGACGUUACAAUCAAGGACAACAUCACGGUAAGGUAACCAAAUCCGUCGCGUAUUCUUCAUAGUCCUCGGACCGCUGAGCGGAACUUGGCACAUUGGACGUCUAGUGGACUUAAAACGGAAUUUUACCGACGGUCAACUGCACGCAAUCCGCACGAAUGGCAAGCAAUUGCUCGACUGCUCACAGUCCGAAAUGGCAAGCAAUCGCGGAAUUGAUCUUUGGUUGUGUAGAGACACCGGGCGCGUGAAGACUGAAGAAACCCAUAGAAAACUUAGCGAUCCCAUCACAGCCAUGCAUUACUGUGAUGGCAGGAGUGGAUUCGCCUGCCUGUCCGAUUCUGCUCCUGAACCGAAUACCACGUUACAGUCAAGUACAAAAUCACGGCAAGGAAGCCGUAUAUACAGUUGGUAAGCUGUUGUGUAUCCUUCAGAGUCCUCGGACCCCAGAACGGAACUUGACACGUUGGACGUCUAGCGGACUUAAAACGGAAUUUUACCGACGGUCAGUUGCACGCAAUCCGCACGAAUAGCAAGCAAUCGCUCGACUGCUUGCAAUCUGGAAUGGCAAGUAAUCGCGGAAUUGAUGUUUCAUCCUUCUGAGACACCGGGCGCGUGGAGAUUGAAGAAACCCACGGGAAACUUAGCGAUGCCACCACAGCCGAGCAUAACUGCAAUGGCAGGAGUGGAAUCGCCCGCCUGUCCGAUUCUGCUCCCGAUCCGAACGCAACAUUACAAUCAAGGAUAAAAUCACAGAAAGGAAACCAAAUCCGUCGUGUAUCCUUCACAGUCCUCGAACCGCUGAACGGAACUUGGCAUUUUCGAGGUCCGACGAUCAACCGCACGCAAUCCGCAGGAGUGGCGAGCAAUCGCUCGACAGCUUGAAAUAAGGAACUGCAUUCCAAUUAAGGACAAAAUCGCGGUAACGAAACUGGAUUUUUUCUUCCGGGGGAAGUUGCCAAAUUACCCGACUCCGCCCUCCUUAAAGACUACAAAUACCCAGUGCUUGCAGGAUACAGAAGACUCCUCUGCCUGCACUGGGUCACACGCCUUCAUCAACCCAUUGCAAGUGCUGCUCUAGGGAUGGAUUCGACUUUCUGGUCUGUGGAAGUGAAGCGGGCCUGGGAUUCGGUCCCUCAGACGGAAGAGGCCCGGUCUCUCCCGCUCCCCAGCUUCUCAGAAGACAGCGGUCCCUGGCCUCUUCCGUUCUAUCCGGUCCUGGGCAAGUUCCCUUCCGACGACGGCGGUGAAGACGGCGGUGACAAUGGAGGUGACUACCAGGAACAACCACUUCUCCUUUGGAACGAUGACAUCGAGGGAAUCUACCCCAGGACCGACUCUUGUGGGAUCCAGAACACCUGGGAGUCCAGCGUUCUUGACUCCAUCAACAACCUCCUCGAGGAACGGCAGGAGGAAACCCCCACUCCCGGAACCCGGGAGGAUGCUGCAGAAGAACCAUUCACAGUAGCUGUGCAACACUGGUCCUGUUCGGGAGCGCCCCACCGCGGCGACGACGGCGACGACGUGCUCGACGCCGAGACCUGUGCCGGGAGUCCCUCCAAUGAGUGUCAGCCACUGGCAACCGCAGGCUGGAGAAGUAGACUCCUGACGUGGUUAGUGCGCUUCCUUCCCCGCGGGCUAGCAAGCCUGCUGAGCCGCUUCCGUCUGCCGGCCUUUGGCAGCUGGGAGCCUUAGAGAUCAGCCGGUGCCUUUCUGUGUCAAAGCGCAUCUGUCCCCACCAAACUCUUCCUUCCCUGCAGCUGGUUAGCUUCAGCGAAUACCUCUGCUUCCACAAUAAAGAAACAGCGAUUUGUACUCGA